AUGGGGCAUCACUCUGCAACUCCACGCCAUGUGCUGCGGAAAGGCUCCGGCCGCGUGGAGAAGGCCAAGGAGCCAGCGAAGCACGCUGGGGCCCAGGCUUCCUUCAGAGAUGCUCUCCGAGAGGGCUGGGAAGGGUCAGUGUUUGUCGUCCGAAUGGCAAGCAAGCUCCUUUGGGCCUUGCACGUCUCGGCUAGGUGCUUCUACUUGUUGGCACGGCUUCUGCUCUACAUCUUCCUACUGUUGCCAGUGUUCGUCAGAGCGACAGCUUACUGCUGGCUACAUCCCAGCGUCGCAAACUUCGUCCGCUACGGACCUAGGCGACGUCACUUGAUGGACAUCUACAUGCUCAGGCCGGAAUUUCGGGAUGCUGGGCCGCGACCGGUGGUCGUAUUUUUCACCGGCGGAGUCUGGAUCAUUGGCUACAAGAUGUGGGGAAUGCUCAUGGGCAUGGUCCUUCAACGUCUGGGUAUUCUCCUGAUAGUUCCCGACUACAGGAACUUUCCGCAAGCCACCGGAGACGAAAUGGUGGAGGACACCAUUCUAGCGGUGCAGUGGUCGCUGGACCACUGCGAGGACUACGGCGGAGAUCCUUCAAGGAUUUUCCUCGUGGGCCAAUCCGCCGGUGCUCACUUGCUCGCCAUGGCGCUGAUCCGAAGAGCGACGGUUUGGACGGAGAGUGAGGCCGAGGCCGGCGAGGCCGCCGAGGCGCUGGGUACAAAAGGAAUCCGCUGGAAGCCCAAGGAGAUUUCGGCCUUCGUGGGAAUCUCUGGUCCCUUCGACCUCGUGGGUUUGAGCGAUCACUUCCACAGUCGCGGAUUGGAUCGACGCCUCCUGUCAUCAAUCUUCGAGGGUCGGCUGGACGACUUUUCCCCGACACGCUUGGUCACUGACCGAGACCUGACGCUGCCACCUGUGCUGCUGGUCCACGGCACGGCGGACAGCAGCGUGCCGUCUCGAAGCGCCAUCGACUUCGCUGCGGCGCUGCAGGCAGCUGGAGUGGAAGCUGCCUUGAAGCUCUACCCAGGAAAGAGCCACACGGACCCCAUCCUCGAGGACCCAAUUGCUGGCAACGAUCCGCUCAUUGAGGAGCUGGCUUUCUUGGUGAGAAGCAGCGAGCCCAGGCGAGCCAUGGCGCUCAUCUGUGAAAGAGAGGGCGGCCAGGAUGUGGUGCAUGACAACGACUUUCCCACAGGGACUCGAAUGAUGCCCAUGUUUGUGAUUCAGUUGGCUCGCAUGGUAAACCCCUUCUGA